GUGCCGGGGAUUUCUCCUCCCGCGGGGGAGUACCGUGCAUUUAUCUUUGUUGAAUUGCAUCCUGUUUCGUUCUGCCCGUUGAUCCAACCUGGCCAGGUCAGCCCGUACCCGCUCCCUGCCCUCCGCUGUCGUAACUUUGCCCCAUAACUUGGUGUCAUUUAUGAAGUUGGACAGGGUGCUCUCCACAUCCUCGUCCAAAUCGCUGAUGAAGAUAUGAAGUAACACCGGUCCAAGGACGGGCCCCUGUGGGACCCCACUGCCCACCCCCUCCAGGCCGAGAACGACCCGUCCACCCCCUCUCUGCCGCCUCCCCCCCGACCGCGUAGGCACCCGCUCCCCAGCCCGUUAGCUUCCCUAUGAGACUCGGAUGCAAAACUGCGUCGAAGGCCUUUCUAAAAUCCAGGUAGAAGACAUCGGCCUGCACUCCUGUGGCAAGGCAGCGUGUGACCUGGUCAUAAAAGGCUGUAAGGGUUGUCAGGCAGCAUCUGCCUGUGACGAACCCGCGCCGGUUUCCCUUCAGCAUCAUUUCCCCUGCUGGGCCUGCACAAAUGCGCUCUCUGAUGAUUUUUCCCAGUAUUUUCCAGGGAUAGCGGUAACGUGGAAGCAGGGUUUUGCGCUGGAGGGGGGGUCAUCAGACGCAGUCCUGGCUUGCUUUUAUCUUAUGGGAAAACACCCCCUUGUGCCAAUUCGCCGAAGGCUCCACGCAUCUGACAUUCAGCCCUUAGCUGAUGCUACGGAGAUGAAAACUUCCCUGUAGGCGCUGGUCCCAGACCUGCUGUCUGCGUGCUGUUGGCCUCAUAGACGGGGGUGGGACCGGGCCAGCCUGUCGACAUCCAAAUGCAGGGAAAGAGGCAGCCCAGGCAGGAGAAAGUCGGGGACCAAUUCCUGGCUUGUAGGCACCAGGGACGGGCUGCAGGGGCUGCUGUGGAGGUGCUGGGGAGCUGCCGCUCUCCGCGGGUUCGGUGGGAGUCUCCUGUGCUCAGCAGCGCUGAAGGUCCCCGCAUUUCUGUAGGCUGUCUUACCUCCAGCUCCCAAGCCCUUGCUUCCAGCCCUCACGACUGACUGUGCUCAUGGCAGCUCUCAUCACUUUAGCAAGGGAAAACCUCAUGGGCCGGACCCCAGAGCUGCACCGUUCAGACGAGCUGAGGGUCAAGCCCAGCCUCAAGAAAUGAUUUCUAACCAUUGGCUCUAGGGGCCAGCCUGCAGACUACCACAGGGACCAGCGGUCCCAGUCACUGGCACAUGGGAAAGCAGGGGAAAAAAUGGGCCCGGGGUCAAAGGCUGUCCUGGAGAAAGGAAGAGCUGGACAAGCCCCAUAUGUUCAUGGUGUCAGACGGGCACUAAACCUUGCAGAAUCACUGGUUGCCUGAGAGACCGGAUCCCUGCCUUUGACCCUCCGAGUCCUGUUCUGGAGACGUGCCACUGGGCUGCGCACCCUGCACUGUGCUUCCCAGGCACUUUUCUAGCCGGAGCUGGCACAGAGGUGCCGUUCUUGACGCUUUUCUUCUGUUUCAGAGACUCUUCUCAAGAUGCAGCUGCUGCCCUGGCCGUCUCUUGCCGGGAAAGCACCUGGGGAUCCUGGGCUCUGCUUACUGGAGAAGGCUCCUCAACAGUCCACCAGCCCUGGAAGCUCCCCACGUGCUCACACGGCCGCUCUCAGACGAAGCAAAACUGGGCACGAUGGCACCGGGGGCAGAGCUGGUGCUGCGGUGCGGAAAGUGCACUCAUGCUGGAGAUCACAGGCACCAGGAGGGCAAGAGCUUCCCAAGACGGGCAUCAUGCCCCGAACAACCCCUGUGUUCGCGAGGGCCGUGUCCGAGUACAAGAGACCAGCCACAGCGCACGGUCCAGCCUGCAGCACCGGCUCUCUUGUUGGGGCGCAUAGACCAGGAUUCCCCUCCCGGAGCCAAACCUGGCAGGAGAUGAAGGGUUUCACCUCCCUUGCCCCCAUCUCAGCCUCAAGCCCCUGCCGCAUGGGGCGGGGGGAGCUGCUGCUCUCCUCUGCUGCUCGGUGGGAUGAGUUCUUGCCGUCUGGGCGUGCGAGCGAGCCCGGAGCCAGGCAGAGAGGAGCGAAAGGCGGGAAAAGGAGGAAAGGCUGCGGAUCCUGCACCCGUGUGAAUGGUAACGACCCCCGGCACUGCCGGCAUCUCCUGUCUGCCCCAUCGCUGCCUUUGCGCCACGGGCUCCCUCCUUCCUGCAGCCCCAUGCCAGGCUUUGCCGCAGGGGAGAGGAGCCGGCCCUCCCCUACCUGCUGUCCUGCCUCAUGCCAGAAAGGGGGUCGACGCCAAGCCCCACUGGCCACCUCAGCUCCAUAGAGGCCCUGCUGUGAGCUGAGCCAGGGAAGGAGUUUGACCCUCCUUCACUCAAGCAGACCCACAGCUGCCCUUGGAGAUCCCCACUUGGGGCCUCUCCUCUCCUCCAGGUGCCUGAAUCCCUUCCAGGACGUGGCCCCCAGUCCUGUAGCUUGAAGGCGGGCGGCUCAUCCCUCGAGGCCCAGAGGCCAGGGCUGGCAAUGGCCACAGAAGGCUGCAGCAUCCAUGUGGAGGGCUCUGUCCUGUGCUGGCUUUUCAGCACAUCUGACUCCACAGGCAAUUUUUGUGGCCUCUGUGGGCCAACCUGCAGAGAACCGCUUGUCUUCCCGGGGGACAGACGUUUGCCUGGUGGGUCUCAGGCUGGAAUGUGAACUCCUGGUCGGACCCCUGUACCCAGCAGAGCCAUGAUCUGCACAGCAUGUCAGGCACUGGCAAGCAGGUUUCGGGACGUGGAGGCCACAGGGAGCUCAAUCUGAAGUGUUCCCUGGAAGCUCUGCUUCCUCCUGCCUCUGUCAGGGGGUCCCAGACCAGGAGUGUGGCAGCCAUCAGUUCUUCACGGCCCUGCAGCUUUCCAUACCGGCUCAGUGCAGCCAAGGGGCACAGAGCCUGCCUUGCUCCUCCUCGCUCUGAACAGCUGCAUCUGGGCCCUGUGCGCAGCAUUGCACCCCAGAGCCCUGUGCCCUCCAGAGGCCUCUGCAUGGUGUGAUAAAGUGUGGAGGGGCGUCCAGUCGGUCAGCUCUCCAACCCCCAGCCCAGAGCCACAUCCAGCUCCACGAGAAGGGCCGACCGUUCCCACUGACCACAGGGGAGGGGGUUGGGCGGACUUCAAUGCACAUUGUUUCCACCAGUGAAUUAAAGUUAACGUACGUCUUUCUUAGCACUGGGAUGCUGGACCUGCUCUUGCUGAGCCCAACUCCAGCUGCAGACAAAGCUCCCAAGGGCUCUUGGUAAAAGGGGGGCAGCACCCACUGAAACCUCCCCCUGCCCAUUUGAUACUGGAAGUCCUCCUCGCAGGGCAGCAGGUCAUGAGGAACCACCGUGGGGGGCGACUCUGCUUUCUAGAGCCCUCUCAGAUCUCGCUGCACAAACUGUUCUUGGGGAUACAGGCUUCUGCCAGUCUCAUUUCCUACCAACACCUUGAAGAAGAAAAACUCACAGCAGUGAGACCGUAAUAAUCUGCAGAGACUUCAGUGCAAGCGCUGGAUGAAGUUUUGAGACCUGGCCUGGUGUCGUGGCCAAGCACCAAGUUGGCGAUAGGAGCGAACACGGCCAGCGAGUGCUAAGCCCUUGCAGGUCCAAACCGACCUGCUUCACUGGAGAAUCACAAGGAAGACAUGGUGGAAACACCCAAGAUCAAGGCAUUGGCACUAAUUACAGCUAGUACUGACCAGGCACGGCCACCUGAAAGACAUCCUGCACACGAGGUCUGAUCACAGCGUGACUGCGACGCUGGCUGUGCCCUCACCUGCUGCAGUCAGAGUCAACGCCAGGGAAGAUCCACCGUAGCGCAGCGACCCGUGGGCCUCAAACUGACGACGCAGAAGGAUGAAGUGAAGAUGCCGUGAGACUCAAGUUUACCAAACAACUCGCCCCCGAGGCCAGGGAGAGCGGAAACACGCGUGUGCAAUGCUGCUGUACCAGUGCUUGGCAAAACCUGCACAAAACCUGUGGACUGGUGUGAAGAGCACUCGCCCCCUUCUGCCACUGGUGGAGAACAAAGCACAGUGCUAACCGCCUCCCCGCACCACAGCCCUGGACACUGGCCUCCGUGUCCUCCAUAAGUCCCACUCCCCUUGCCCCCCACGUGAGUCUCAGCACCCCUGCUUCCCUGACCCCCCCCCCACAAGUACUGCCCCCUCUGCCCAUAACCCACGUCUUGAUGUGAUAGAAUAAAACGCUUGGUGCGUUCCUGUCU